AUGGUUCUCCAGGAGCUUGGGAGCAAGCUUACCUCGGCCCUGCGGCGGCUGCACACGGACACGGUCGUGGACAGGGAGACCGUCAAGGCCGUCGUCGGCGACAUCUGCCGGGCCCUGCUCGAGUCCGACGUGAACGUGCAGAUGGUCAUGAAGCUCCGGAAGAACGUGGAGGCGAAGGCCGAGAGCCUCGUGGCGGAGCAACAGGACGGGGGCGCGGGCGGCGGCGUGGGCGCCGCACAGCAGCGGCGAUCCAUCCAGAAGGCCGUGGUGGACGAGCUGACGGGCAUGCUCGACCCCAAGACCGCGCCCUACAAGAUGAGGAAGGGCAGGAGCAACGUCGUGAUGUUCGUGGGCCUACAGGGAGCGGGUAAGACGACCACGAUAGCCAAGUUCGCGCACUACUGGCAGCGCAAGGGGUGGAAGGUGGCGAUGGUCUGCGCCGACACGUUCCGAGCGGGCGCCUUCGACCAGCUCAAGCAGAACGCGACCAAGCUGCGGUGUCCGUUCUACGGGAGCUACUCCGAGGCGGAUCCAGUCCGCAUCGCCGACGAGGGCGUGCAACAGUUCAAGCAGGAAAAGUACGAGGUGAUCAUCGUGGACACGUCCGGGAGGCACAAGCAAGAAGACGCGCUGUUCGACGAGAUGAAGGAGAUCCAGGAGGCCGUGCAGCCCGACAACACGACUCUAAUCAUGGACGCCACGCAGGGGCAGGCGGUUUUCGACCAGGCGAAGGCCUUUCACGAGGCUGUCGCGGUCGGAUCGGUUAUUAUCACCAAGCUCGACGGUCACGCCAAGGGUGGCGGGGCACUGAGCGCGGUGGCGGCGACGAACAGCCCCAUCACCUUCCUCGGGGGCGGCGAGCACUUCGACGACCUCGAGGCGUUCGACGCCCAGUCGUUCGUGAGCCGUCUUCUGGGGUUCGGGGACAUGAAGGGCCUCAUGAGGCAGAUACAGGAGAGCCAGGAGGGGUCUGGCGACCCUAAGGAGAUGAUGGAGCGAAUAUCGAACAAGGGGAAGUUCACUCUCAGAGACCUGUACAAGCAGCUCAGCUCCGCCAUGAAGCUGGGUCCCAUGAACAAGGUUAUGGGCAUGAUCCCGGGAAUGGGAGAAAUGGCACAGAUGGCGAAUAAUUCUACGACUCAGGGUAUGUUCAAGAAGAACCUGUACAUAAUGGAUUCCAUGACGGACGAUGAGCUUGACGGAAAGGUGGACCUGUCUCAGUGCGAGAGUCGACUCCUGCGGAUAGCGAGAGGGAGCGGGACCCACCCCGACCAGGUCCGCGGGCUGCUGAAGCUGCACAAGCACUUCGAGAAGGUGUUCGGAAAGGUCGGAAAGAACAUGAAGGGCGACGCCAGCAAGGCCAAGCAGCUGCAGCGAAAUCCGGCGUUGGCGAAGCAGCACCUGAACCAAAUGGACCCGAAGGUGGUGGAGAGUCUCGGCGGAAGAGCCAAGGUUCUGGAGAUCAUCAAGAACGGCGGGGCUGGGGGACCGGGGGGGGGUGCGGCGGGGGGAGACGCG